UGUAGCCCAGGUAAGAAGUGGGUUUUCCUGGGUUUGGGGUUACUUCUCGGUGUUACAUGUGAGCUUCCGUAUUCAACCCUCCUCUACUAGCAAAGGCUGCAGGAGGCUCCCGCUCCUGUUCGGCGGAGGGGUCGCUCUGCUUCUGUCGCUUCUUUGGAUGCCAGCGCUGCUGCCUGUGGCGUCCCGAUUUCUGUUGUUACCCCGAGCCCUGCUGUCCAUGGCUUCAGGAAGCCCUCCGGCCCAGCCCUCGUCGGCCUCGGAAUCCAGCUAUGUCCCCGGCUCGGUCUCAGCAGCCUUUGUUACCUGCCCCAACGAGAAGGUCGCCAAGGAGAUCGCCAGGGCUGUAGUGGAGAAGCGCCUCGCAGCUUGCGUCAACCUCAUCCCUCAGAUUACAUCCAUCUAUGAGUGGAAAGGAAAGAUUGAGGAGGACAGUGAGGUGUUGAUGAUGAUUAAAACUCAGAGUUCCUUGGUUCCAGCUUUGACAGAUUUUGUUCGUUCUGUGCACCCUUAUGAAGUGGCUGAGGUGAUUGCAUUGCCUGUGGAGCAGGGGAACUCCCCAUACCUGCACUGGGUGCGCCAGGUUACAGAGUCAGUUUCUGACUCCAGCACAGUACUACCAUGCUGAGUCCUGUUCUUGCCAUGUUCCCCUCAUAUAUAUACAUCAGUGCUUUCUGACUUCCAGGUGAUGACUGGGCCCCUAAUAAAUCCUACCUUUGGAGUC